CCGAGGGAAAGUAAACACAGCACAAGUUGAAGGGGAACAUGGCAGCUGGCAUCAGUGUUCAACAUAGAUUGUUAAGCAGUAAAACCUCCUUGAUUUACUCUCUUCACAGAAAAAUAGCGCCAAAGAAUGCUUUUAUCAAACGAGCGGCUGGAAUACAGAGUGUGAGAGCGUCAACCAAUGCAACUGUAGUCCCUCAACACAAUGAAAAGUACUGUUUGGACUUGGUCAGGUCCAGAGACUAUGAAGGUUUUCUGUCAUCUCUCCUCCUCCCCGAGGAGGCACGGCGCUCCUCUCUGGCUCUGAGAGCUUUUAAUGUGGAGCUGGCACAGGUGAAGGACUCUGUUUCCCAGAAGACCAUUGGUUUGAUGCGGAUGCAGUUCUGGAAGAUGGCUAUAGAGGAUAUCUACAGAGCUGAUCCUCCAAACCAGCCAGUCAGCCAUGAGCUGUGGAGGGCAGUGAAGGCUCACAGCCUGACAAAGAGAUGGCUGCUAAGGAUCGUAACAGAGAGAGAAAAGGAUCUGGAUGACAGAGCUUACAGGACCCUCCAGGAACUGGAGACAUAUUCAGAGAACACACAGUCUUCCUUAAUUUACCUGCUGCUGGAGUGUUUAGGCGUGAAAAAUGUCCAUGCAGACCACGCGGCGAGUCACAUCGGUAAAGCUCAGGGGAUCGUAACGUGUCUGAGAGCGACUCCUUACAACAGCAGUCGGCGGAAAGUCUACCUGCCCAUGGACAUCUGCAUGCUGCACGGAGCUUCCCAGGAGGACUUUAUCCGUGGCAGCCAGAAGCAGAACAUCCGAGAUGUUGUGUAUGACAUCGCCAGUCAGGCUCAUGUACACCUGCAACACGCUCGAUCUUUUAGUCACAACGUUCCAGCAGCUGCCAUCCCGGCCUUCCUCCAAACAGUGGUGUUGGAAGACUACCUACAGAGAGUGAGGAAAGUCGAUUUUGACAUUUUCCACAAGAGCCUGCAGAAAAGAAACCCCCUCCUCGCCAUCCAGCUAUACAUCCGUUCAUGGAAGAACACUUACUGACUUUAGUUUUGCUCCCUCUCCAGUCAUCCCUUCAGGAGCUGAGGAAAUGAAGGCCAGAGACACCACUUCUCCAGAUUCUGCCCUCACAUUACCUUGUAGCAGGUCUAUAAAGACAUCCAGACUCGUUUGAAAUGCAGCACUGCCACUGAACUCGCCCCUUCAGUUAAACUCACAUACCACAGCGGACUGUUUCCAGACCUCCGGCUUUCACACCAGCUUUAGUAUUUAAAGUUUUUCUUGUUUGAGCCAAAAAGUUCACUGGAAAAAUGUGCUGAACUCUUCAAAAAAGUAUUUUAUUUGUAAAUGUAUGAAAAACAAUGUAACACUUGUUAAAUGAUCAUCCUGGCUAAUUGGUCUUUUUUUCUCUUUCUCUUUCUCUGUAGUUUUUAACCAGUAAUGAAUCUCAAAUUCCAUUAAAAGACCACUUAUAUAAAGCACAUGCAUCACUUUAGCAUAGUGAGUGAAUGCGUGUAGCCACUGAAGGUAUAACAUGGUGUCCUAAAGUUUAAAUGUUUAGGAUUUAAGGGGACUCUACAUGAUAGUAGUUCAGCAUAUUCAGAAUAAAUUAUUUUACUUCUUUAAAAUCCUUUUACAGUAUUCACUGUGAAUGUAUUAGAGAGACUUUUGUUUCAACAGAUGUGGCAUCGGGUUUGUUGUGCUGCCAUUUUCUACAGCACAACAUACCAAAUGCUGCCUUAAUAGGCUCUUUCAGCAAGCCACCAUUGCUUCCAUUGCUCAUUCCUCACAGUAAAAAGGUAGAGUAAGGAGAAGGCAGCUGCACAGUGGGCAAUUUUUAGUCAUCUAUAAAUUCGCUGCAAGCCCCAGUGUGCAACAGGCAUCAAGUGAACUUGACCACAACUUAAUGUUUUAUGUCUGCAGAAUGCGUGUUGAUUACAUCUGCUUAAUUGUACUUUCCUGCAAAUAUAAAAAACAGAUUCCAAACAUCACCUUAACAUAAAGUUUUAUGAGCUGACAAACUGCAAGUGGCUGAGUGGCUGUUUCCUGUGGGGUUCGUUUAUAUUUUGCUGUCUUGCUUCACUCAGGAGGUGCACAUCAUUUGCUGUUUUUUUUCCCAUGCUUUAUGGUUUUUGGUUCAGUCUUGGUUUGAGCAGGAGGACGCAGGAGACUUUUGUUGCCACAACUCUUCUUUGUUCAUUUCCUGUAUUAUUCAUAUUUGUUGUGGAUUUUACUCUACAUUCCCGUUGGCUGAUUAUUAGAUGCAGCUGUCAUACUACAGCAUAAUCAUCCUAAAUUUGUCAGAAAAUGUAUUCCAGGCUACCUCUAGUUACAGAACUAUUGUGUUUUUUAAGCUAUAAUCAAAAACUGAUUAUCUUUCAUCAGGAACAACCAAAAAUCAUAGUGUACACCAGGGUGCAGAGGUAUCAGACUGUUUUAAACUGCAACCUUACCAGUUGGUGUGCCAAAUCCUACACAUUACGCUUUCAAUGCUGCGGUUUAAAUUCAGCUUUAGCCUCUGAGGUCUCUGAAAAAAGGUCUGAUGUAAUUGAAAGGAAACAAGGGGGGAAAUAAGCGGGAACAGUGACCAAUUUACUGCUUUAAUCAGAACUGCAUAACAGCAAACACAUUUAAAACUCACUGUGCACCUGCUGGGAACUUUUGUCUUUAUUACACAACAAUCUGCAGUCCAAAUUGCAAUACUUUUGUUUCUGUUACGAACUUAAUAGAGUAAUGAGUCUCCAGCCUAUUAUUUUGAAUAUGUCCCUGUGGUCAUUAACAGUUAUGAUCUUCCCCUAGCUCCAUAUAAAAACACAUUUAAUGAUAAAAUAUAUACACAGCAUGCUGUAGUUGCAGGAUGUGUUAGUUUAAUCCACAUUGCAGCUAAUAGGCCUUCUGCUGUGAUAACGCACUAGUAGAAACUAACAAAUGAUGGCUUUGGUCUAUCAAUUUGCCAGCUUUCUCAUUUGUUUUGGUUCAUUGAUUCAUCCUUUUUUAUAUCUAUACUUUUGCUAUCUUUCUCAGACAUUUUCUUCAUUUAUCCAU